ACUCGCAAUCUCGCAUUGCCAGCUUCUCUAUAUAAACCCGUCGAUCUGCAGGGUUUGGGACACAACGGGAGCAAAGCAAACUGAACUGAAGGAAGAAAGAAAUGGCCUCCAUGAAGCUCUCCUUCGCCUUCAUCCUCCUUUCCGGGCUUGUGGUGUUCGGCGAGAUCGGGGGGACGGCGGCGGCGGGGGCGUGCGAGGUGCAGUGCAUCCAGGGUGGCUACAUCACCUGCGAUAACUACCCGGGGAAGCAGCUGGACGGGUGCGACUGCCAGUGCGCGCCCAGGAACGGCAGGAACUGCGUGCUCCACCUCUGGCAAACCGGCGACACGUUCAACUGCCCAGCGCAGGCAUAGACUCACUGGACAGGGACUGGAACCCAUGGACUGUUGCUGCGCUGUUGGUUUGCGUGUGAUGUUGUGAGCCGAAUAAUGUUGCUGAAUAAUAAUAAACUAGCAUCUUGAUGAGUAA